CUUUUUCUGAUAGGGCAAAUAGUGGGUGGCAGCAGGAAUCCAAGAGGCCCGUGAGGUGCUAAGGCAGAGAAAGGACAGACAGAGUAAAUAAGACUGAAGAAAGUUAACAUCAGCAUCUAGAGUAGCUCCCAAUUAUUGGUGAAACUACCAGAGGGAGACUGUUCAAUCAUGAAGUUAAUUGCCAUCCUUCUCCUUUGCUCUAGGCUACUACCAAUUUUAACCCAGGAGUACCACUGGGAAGAAAUCGACUGCAAUACUGAGGAUGCAUUUAAGGCUGUGGACACAGCCCUGUUGGAUUAUAACAAUAGAAGUGAAAGUGGCAACCAGUUUGUGUUGUAUCGCAUAACUGAAGUCAACAAGACGGAGAAGGAAGAGAAGCUAUUCUAUUCCAUCAAGUACCAAGUCAAGGAGGGCAACUGCCCUGUUCAAAGCGGCAAAACCUGGCAGGACUGUGACUACAAAGAAGCUGAGCAGGCUGCCACAGGAGAAUGUACUGCAAUUGUGAGGGAAAAAGAAAAUAAGCUCACCAUGGCCAGCCAGACCUGCCAGAUUACUCCAGGCGCUGGCCCCAUGGUGACAUCUCAGUAUGAAUGCCUUGGCUGUAUGCACCCCAUAUCAACUACCAGCCCUGACUUGGAACCUGUCCUGAGACAUGCCAUUCAACAUUUCAACAACCACACUGAUCAUUCUCACCUCUUUGCUCUUAAAGAAGUAAAAAUGGCUGAGAAACAGGUGGUAGCUGGAUGGAACUAUAAAGUUACUUACACAAUUGAGCAAACUAAUUGUUCCAGGGAGAAUUUUCUGUUCUUAACUCCAGACUGCAAGUUCCUUCUCAAUGGUGAUGCCGGUGAAUGCACAGAUCAUCUACACUUGGAUCUUCAGUUAAGAAUUUCUUCCUUGUCACAGGACUGUAAUUUUCAUCCAGGGAAGGGUAUUAGAUAUCGUUUGAUUGGCGCCCCCAAAGAGAUACCUGUGGACAGCCCAGAGCUGGCGGAGCACCUGAAUCAUUCCAUCGCAAAGCUUAAUGCAGAGAAUAACGGAACUUUCUAUUUCAAGAUUUAUACUGUGAAGAAAGCAACAGUACAGGUGGUGGCUGGAACACUUUAUUCCAUUGAGUUCAUGGCCAGGGAAACUAAAUGUUCCAAGGAGAGUGAUAAGGAGUUGACUGAAGACUGCGAGAUCAAUUUACUUGGAGAAAUUCUAAGAUGCACUGCUGAUGUUAUUGUGGUACCAUGGUUGAACAAAACUGAAUCUACUAUCAAGUGUCAACCACAAAAAACGGUCUUAAUGCUGAGAAGACCUCCAGGUUUCUCACCUUUCCGAGCAGUACAAGUGGAGAAAACAAAGGCUGUAGCAACUGUAAGUCCACCCCACACUUCCAUGGCACCUAUACAAGAUGAAGAGCAGGAUUCAGAAAAAAAACAAGGACCUACUCGGGAACAUGGCUGGGGCCAUGGAAAGCAAACAAAACAUGGCCUAGCCCAUGGACAUAAAUAUGAGCAUGGUCGCGGCCAUGGAAAACGUAAACAUAAAGAAAAAAAGCAUGGGAGGCACAAUGAUCGGAGAACAAUGCAUUGGGCAAGUUCUUCUGAAGAUAGUACUACAUCUGCACAGAUACACGAAAAGACAGGAAGGCCAACGCGCCUCCCUUCCCUAGCCCAGCCAGGUGUAGCAGUUACCUUUUCUGACUUUCAGGACUUAGAUCUCAUUGCAGCUCUGAUGACUAGUAUACCACCAACUCCCACACAGAAUGAUGAUGCCUGGAUCCCUGAAGUCCAGAUAGAGCCAAAUAUCCUUUCGUUUAAACUGAUACCUGAUUUUCCAGAAACAAACUCCCCCAAAUGUCCUGGACGCCCCUGGAAGCCACUUAAUGGAAUGAAUCCAACUGUGGAAAGGAAAGACUUUCAUGAUUUCGAUCUCUCUGAUGCUUUUUAUUAAUGUACGCAGCCAUGGGGGUUUCUUUAACACUGUAUCGCCCCCUCUCCCCAUUGUCCAAAUAUCCCAUUAUAACGCACCAAAAACCAUGGAGCUUCAGAACAGCCUAGAGAGAAGUGGUGAGACUCCCAGUGGGGACACCAUCAGUUCCGAUGGACAGCAUAAAACCGCGUGCGGGAUUCUAGACCCUUUCUGAGUCCUCCUCACAAGUUUUCUUAACUAGCACAGACAAUGGGCAAACGAAUGUACCUUGUGUCCUACCGCAAUUUGCCUUUCUAAUAACGUGUACCAUAGAAUGAUAUCGAUCUUCAUACAAAGAAUCUUGCCAUUUUGAAAACACUGUGGCAGCUGAUCCCCGAACACCAGUGAAGUAAAGGAAAGUCAAGAGGCAGAAUGCUGAACUUCUGAGUAGGGGAAAAUAGUAAUAAAAACCACUAGAAGUCAAGGAGGAACAAACAAGAAAACAUUGGUCACAGGGAGGACACGGGGAAGUAAACUAAUUGACUUCCUGUUUCCCAAAGGGGCUAGUUAUAGCAAAUAGUCACUCCCACUUGACAGUUAUUCUCAUAAUUCUCUUUCUGAGUGAGAGUGUUUCUCCUAAAUCAAUAAUUUCUGUGUCCUCAUUAACUACUCUUUGCGACAAGGCUUUCAAAGAGGAAUUUUCUGUUUGUUUACUUGUUGCUGAGGCCAGAAGGAGUAAUCCUUAGUUUUCAGCAGCUGUGAGAUGAACCGUAAGAAUGGAAAGCAGAGGAAGUAGUGUAGAGGCAGGCUCGCGAAGGAAAUCUUUUUUUUUAUAUAAUUGACAAGGGAAUACCAUGAGAUGUGGUACAACAUUUGUUCAGAAAUUUCAGGAGGAAUUGCCUCUCUACCCACACUUUUCCAUCACAUCAUCUUUUCUACAACAUUGGAAAGUGCUGGUUUUUGCAAAAAAGCACAUGAUUGUCUUUCAUUGCUUUAAUGUGAGGGAGGCACAUACUUUAUAAUCCUUGCUGCGUUUUGCCUGGGGAAACAACGUAGGGCUUUAGUCAACACAGUUGCCUCUGGAUGCAUGUUUCACUGUUUCUUCCAUUUAUGGGAUGAUGUGAGUCUCUGAGUGUUUAUUUCAUUUCAAAUAUUAGCUGAACUUUCCAAUAAAGAACCAACGAUGCUAGGAAAAAGUUUCAUUUUGCCAACUGGUGCUUCACUC